UCUGUCUCCUCCCUUCGUCGUCUCUCUCUCUCUCUCUCUCUCUUCCUUCUUGCAGGUAAAGCUUCGUUGAAUCUUCCUCUUUAUAGCUUUCUUCCUAAAUCUCACUUUUACCUAAUGAUUGAGCUUAUCAACAGAUCUGAUCACUACGUCUGUGAAUUACAAGUAACGAUUCGAUCUGGUUCCUUUGUGCAAUUAAACAGAGAUGCAGGCAUCAUCACGAGCGAGACUGUUUAAAGAAUACAAAGAGGUUCAACGAGAGAAAGUAGCUGAUCCAGAUAUUCAAUUAGUCUGUGACGAUACCAACAUUUUCAAAUGGACUGCUCUUAUCAAGGGACCAUCGGAGACGCCUUAUGAAGGUGGAGUAUUUCAGCUUGCAUUUGCUGUUCCUGAGCAUUAUCCUCUGCAACCUCCUCAAGUGAGAUUCUUGACCAAGAUAUUCCAUCCAAAUGUGCACUUCAAGACAGGGGAAAUUUGCCUCGACAUUUUGAAGAACGCUUGGAGCCCCGCUUGGACGCUUCAGUCCGUGUGUAGAGCUAUCAUAGCGCUGAUGGCUCAUCCUGAGGCGGAUAGUCCUCUUAACUGCGACUCAGGGAACCUUCUAAGAUCUGGGGAUGUGAGAGGGUUCAAUUCAAUGGCACGCAUGUAUACACGCCUCGCCGCGAUGCCUAAAAAGGGAUGAUACUAUUGCGUUUCUGUAGUGAUAAUGAUUUGCGAGAGUGAAUACAUUAUUUUUAAGUUUCACAUUUGUAAGUUUAUAAGGAGAUGUUUCCUCUUAUUAGUUUACAGUUUUACCAAUAUUACAA